AUGCAGCUAACAAAGAAAAGUACCGAACUAAUUUUGGCAGCGACGUUUUGUCUAUUGACGGUCACACCGACUGGGGCAUAUCCCAGCAGUUGUUUCGAAUGUGAAGAGGAAGUAUGGGAGGAAGUGCCAUGCGAUGAAAUUCCAACGAAUAGUACCACAACCUAUCCAACCACGCCCUAUGUUACCACCAGUACACCUAAAACGGAAACUACAACUACUUCGACCACUACGACUACAACUCCUUAUCCGGCUACAACGACAGCGUCGGACACUGAUCCCUAUAAAAAGUGCUACUGUGAAUGUAAAACCGGUUGCAAGGAGUUCUGUCGCAAAGUUAUUCACAAUCCACAAAGUAAAAGUCAAAUAAUCCAGAUAACGGAGGUAUCUAAGCCCUUGCCUCAAGGCCGUAUUGAGUCGACGUAUUAUCAUAGCAGGAAAUUAGUUCCCGCUGUACCAUACCCACACCCCCAUCCACCACCGUCGUAUGAGCAUCCUGAAGUUUAUGAAGCUCCUCCAAGUGUUCGUGCACAAAAGCCACUAGCCGAAGUGUAUAAUUCGGUUCCUUACUAUAGUAGCUCAGUUUCGGAACCCCACAAUUAUGGCCGUGACUUGAGCAACGCCUAUAACGACAAUAAAUAUUUGCCAAACCUCUCAUAUCGUAAUAAACACGAAACCUAUUAUUACUCAUCGCCUGAAACGGACCUGUCCGACUUGCCGUCACACUUUCAGAAAUUAUACUCGCAGGCAAUCCAAGAUUUGGAAAAUGAGAAUUACAAACCCAACAGUAUACCCAAAUUACCGGACUACAACUCGCAUCCGUGUCAAGAAGCUGGCAAAUUUUCAUCGCCAGUUCCAGUUGACAGUGUGAGGUACUCCGACAAAUAUUAUGACUCGCUUUAUUCCAAUUCCGAUACAUACGCCUAUUACGAUGACUUUGGAACGAUUGCAGAAAAUCCACAUCAUUCUUUACUGUACAAGUGA